AUGAAGACGAACGCUCAACAGAAUGUUGAUCACAUCGAAAAAAGACUAGAGGCCUUCAAGACACAAAUGAAUGAAGGACGAACUUUGGUCCAAGCCGCCAAGUGGACUAAGGAAAUCUUAAGACAAGGAAAUCAUUGUGCCCAAUCACCACAGGAUGUUAAUCACAUUGAGCAACGAUUACAGGCCUUCAAGACACAAAUGGAAGGAGGAAGAACUCCAAUUCAAGAAGCCAGAUGGACCAAGGCAAUCUUACAAAAAGAGAAAUAUGCUAUGAAUUCAAAGCAGGAUGUUGAUCACAUUGAAAAACGAUUAGAGGCCUUCAAGGGACAGAUGGAUGAAGGCAGAACUUUGAUUCAAGCAGCUAAGUGGACCAAGGCAAUCUUACAACAAGAAAAUGAUUCUAUGAAUUUAUCACGGGACCUUGAAGAUGACAAGGAGUGUACUGAUGAACAACAAGAGGAGGAGCAAGAUGAAAAGGAGGACGCUGAAGAGCAGCAGGAAGAGCAGCAGGAAGCUGAAGAGGAGCAGCAAGAGCAGGAGGCAGCUGAAGCCCAGAAACAAAAGGAUCUCGCUGCGGAGCAAAAGACGAAGCAGGAAGCAAUCGAAAAACAAAAGCAAGAGGAUCUCAAAAAAGCCAAAGAUGCUGAAGACCAAGCAAAGCUGAAGGAAAAGGCAGAAAAGGAAAAGAAAGAUCAAGAAAAGAAAGAUCAAGAAAAGAAAAAUCAAGAAAAGAAAGAUCAAGAAAAGAACGAGCAAGAAAAGAAAGAUCAAGCACAACCUUCACAAAAGUUAGAGGAAGUCAAAAAAGGAGAAUCGGUGAAAAACCCUGUUCCUAGUCAUCAACUGUCCACCGUCAUUGAAGCAACACCUAAACCGAACUCCCAGCCUGUUGUUCAAACUGGAUCAACAACUUCAGCAUUGAGUGGUACUGAGCAAAAACACACUGCCGAUUCUUCGCAAUUCUCUUCAUUCGAAAAGUAUAAACAUGGUUCGCACGAAGGUGAAUCUGAAUCAGUCAGAUGGGUAGCCUUUCAUAAUUCGAUUCGAAAUAAGUAUUUCACUCCUCCUGUUCAAUGGAGCGAAGACCUUUCUGCUAUGGCAAAAAAAGUUAGCGAAACUUGUGUUUUUCAACACUCUCAUGGUGAUACUGGCGAGAAUAUUGCGGCAGGUGAAAUGGAUCUUGGACAAGUCGUGCAUGAUUGGGCAUAUGGGAAUGACGAGAGUUCGGUUUACGAUCCUCAAAACCCAAUGUACUCGCACUUUACUCAAAUCGUUUGGAAACGUACUACUCAUAUCGGAUGCGCUUAUACUGAUUGUGAAACAAUUAAAGAUGUUCCUUGGACGGGUAAUAGCAAGUUUUGGGUUUGUGAAUAUAAUCCACCUGGAAAUUAUGCUGGUGAAUUUAUUGCGAAUGUUAACGCUGUAAAAGGAGGAAGUCCAUUGACAACUUGA